GGUACCUGCGCGGGACCAAGCGGGAACCGCCGCGCGGCGGCUGUGGAAGCGCGGGGCGGCGGCCGACAUGUUCCAGGGCGCGGACAGCCAAGCUGGCGAGUCGGGCUCCAGAUCCAUGAAGCCCCCAGGAGGAGAAUCGAGCGAUCUUUUUGGAAGUCCAGAAGAAAGUAUUCCUUCAAGCAAGCCUAAUAGGAUGGCAUCUAAUAUUUUCGGACCAACUGAAGAACCUAAAAACAUACCCAAGAGGACAAAUCCUCCAGGAGGCAAAGGAAGUGGGAUCUUCGACGAAUCGACUCCUGUGCAAACUCGACAACGUUUGAAUCCACCGGGUGGGAAGACCAGUGACAUAUUUGGGUCCCCAGUCACUGCCACUGCGCCUCUGGCACACCCAAACAAGCCCAAGGAUCAUGUUUUGCUCUGUGAAGGUGAAGACUCUAAGUCUGACCUGAAAGCCGCAACAAACUCCACACCCAGAGGAGAGCAUGGCGAGAAAGGAAGCUCAAAAGAAGUAGAGCAUGCAAAGAUACCGGAGCCCACACCUACAGUUGACAGUCAUGAGCCCAGGCUGGGGCCACGACCUCGCUCCCACAACAAAGUCCUGAACCCACCAGGAGGCAAAUCCAGCAUCUCUUUCUAUUGAGAAGCUCCUGCUCUGUAACUAGAUCAGACAGAGAUAUAGAGUAUUGAAUGUUAGUGUUUCCUUUAACUCAGAUGAGUUGGGGUGGGAGAGGGUUUGUCAUGUGUGUAGGGUUGACUGCUCAUAGGCCUUGUUGUCAUUGGAAGAGCUGCACAGAGGACUGUCUGUGCCUUCUAGACUGCCAAGACAUACAUUGUGGGGAUAAACUGGGAUGUUCUGGUCCCUCCUCUCUAGUUGCUGUCUGUGAAACAGAUCUGUAAAGUUGUGGGGAAGGCAGAAGAGCUGGUGCCCAUUAACAGAAGGAUGGCCAGGGUCUUUCUCAUCCUUGUGUCAGCAGUCUGCUGGCUGUUGGGCAUCUAAGUAUGGUUUGGUUGAAAAAGAACCCAAACUACCCUCGCUGUGGUAUGGAGGAGACACAUAUAAACAGAAACUCUUAAAGACAAAGUGACGUCUACAUUAAGCCUUUCAGGAAAUGCCUAUCACUAACUGCUUCCACCUCUGAGAUACCUCGGAACCCUAAUGUCUCCUCUCUUCCCCACAUUAUGUCACUCUGUAGUACCGAAACAUGAUUGCUCUUUGUGGUAGCAGUCAAAAGGAAAUCAAGCCGUUAUUCUCAGUCCUGUCCUAGGUGGAAGGUUUUUUUUUUUGUUUUGUUUUGUUUUGUUUUGUUUUUUUUAAUACACCAAUCUUCUGAGUUGUCCCAUACCUGCACCUAAAUCCAUGGCCAGUUCUGAGGUAGCAGUCUGUCUUCCUCUACGGUUGGCUUGGUUCCUGUCAUGCCAGAUUUGUAUGUGGGUUGUUCCUUCUGUUUCUUUCAUCAGCCUUAAGCACAGGCCUUAGUUGCACACCUGUGAGGGGUUCUCCCUACACUAAGGUCUCUGGCCUCUGCAGGGCCAGAUGUGUCCAGGUGUUGGGUGGAUUCCUGUUCUCCUGCCUUGCCUUGUUCCCUUAGUUGGGAGGAAAGCCUGCUAAAGGACGUUGGCUUGGCUGCUUUAGCAAUGUAUGGAAAGGUGUUUUUAGUGUCAGCUUCUUACAAAUACCUGUGCAUUGCUUCAACACUUAGAAAAGUGCUACUCUGUACACCAAAGCACAAAAGCUGCCUUUAGAAAGCUUUAGACUUCUUGACCUUGCUUAGGCCAGGAUACUAAGUGUUUUGGCAGUAAGGUCAGAACUGUCAUUUGACAGCAGAGGUACUGGGCUCCAGAGUCAUGUCACUUCCUGUCAUCCAAAUGUCCCUCCUGAGGAAUUCCUUGUUUCCCUUCUGGUGUGCAUCUGUGAAAAGGGUUUCUAAGUGGUGCUACUUUUGCUUCUAGUGCCUACAGAGAGCUUCACAGCAGGUGCCAAAAAGGCCCUCAGUAAAUUUUGGAAAUGUGGUGAUCCUGUAGUCACACGCCGACCUACAAGUGCCUGCAGGAGCCACCUGCCGAGCUCGGCUUCCUACCUGGUCUAUUGAGGGGUCUGACCGUGGCUCUGUCAACCAAAGAGUUUCCCUCUUCUGCUACCCUGUAUCCUGAAGCCAAAUGAAAUGUCUUACAUGUAUGAAAUUCUGUAACAACUCAAAUGGUUUGCGGUUCAGUCAUGAGGAUGUCUUUUGGAAUUCAGAUCAUUUUUUUUUCCAUUUAAGAAAAUGUCCUAAAUGAUGUUGGCUUUAUUUAGCCCAGACACUAACUUCUUUAGCUUAUAAGGAAAUAAUACAAUGAUAGAAAUAAACCUUUUAUAACUGCUCUCUUUAGUAGAAAAUGAUUUGUGAGUUCCAAAUUGGAUUGUCAAGAGGAAUCUUACAUCAUCGCCAUGCUGAUCCCGUUGUUAGCCCAGUGAGAGAAAAGCUUCAAGCUCCACCUGCUGUCCUGGAUGGCUGGGAGGACAUGGGGAGCUGCGACAGUGACCCACAGCAGCAGCUGCCUUACUCAGCUCCUUGUCCUUCUGUCUCUUCCGCUGCAGCUGGGCUCAGUGCAAAUCUGAAUUAAUGCCCAGCUAAACCCAGUGGUAUACACUUGUCACCUACAUUACGCCUUAAAAUUUUAAGUGUAUUUGGUGCCAACAUUUUUCUAUCGCUGUGUCAAGAGUAAGAAACCUGUCCAUACAUCAUAAUGCUAUUUUGAUAGGAACAUUUUGUUAUUUUUAUGAGGCAGAACUGGGUAUAAUGGUUGAAUUAAACUUAGUAACCACGUA